UGCACGAGCUACCCAUGCUUUGCAGAAGUAUCUUGUCGAUUUCGCGGUUUGUAUUAUGUAACGUGGCAGAAAGACAAUACGAAAGUAACUGUUCAGUUUUAAUUCGAAUUUUUCGGAGUUUGUAUUAAGUAUAAGAAUGUCUAACGAAGUUAACAUUAUAUGUCAAUAUCUGGAGUUGUUGACAGCAGCUCGAACAGAUAGUACAAAAGAAGUUUUGAAUAUUAAAGUCCAGUUAGAUGAUAGAAUAACAUCACUUCAACAGAAAGUUCUUGAAAAUGAAGCCAUUUGUGAGAAAAUAAGAACGUACAACCAAAGUCUGUUGGAAGAAACAGAGAGAGACACUCUUGUUAAAGUUGUGUGGCUGUUCGUAGAGUGGUGUCUCGUGUUAAUGUUGCUGUUGAAAGAAACACUUGAGAUUAAUAAAGAAGCUGUGAUUCCAAAAAUGAAUGAAAACACAAAUGUUCUGUAUCCUGAAGGAGAUAUUUUAAGUAUUUCGCAACAGAAGUCAGUUUCGUCGGCAAUUCAGUUCAUAAUUGCUUUAGGUGUGAAUCCAAGUCUAUUACCGGGAGUUGGUCUUCCCAUUCAAAAUCGUACGCAAUACGUUUCGAUGAUUCAGGAAGUAAAGCGUGAUCUAUUGCCACAUCAAAAGUAUUAUCGGUUGAUAGCAUGUACUGUAGUAUUAUUAAAUUGCAUUAAAAGUACAUCCAUUGGAAAUAUUAUUUUGUCUUCGUAUUUUUCAGACAUUCUGUGUGCUUUAUUUCAGUUAUGUUAUGCUCCUAUAAAAAAAGACGAGUCAGAAUUAAAGAAUUCAACUUCGGAUAAUUUAAAUGAAAAAUUUAAUGUUAAUAUCACAAAACAACUCACUGUAUCUGAACUCUUAAACAGAUGUAAUGUAUGCAAUCGUGUACCGUUGUCAAAAGAAUUGAUUGCCGAAAUGUGGAAAGACAGAUAUUUUCUUCUGAAAGAUUUAGAAGUGUUUUUAAAAAGUGUUCAUAAACCUAUAUUGAUCAAUAACCUUUUCCAGUUACAAAGAAUAAGUUCUUGUAAACAAAGAAAUGAUAAAUGUGUUCCUAAAUGGUUGCAGAAAACUUGUGGAAAUUAUCUGACAAAUGAACUUCUUCAAUCUCAAGGCAUUAUUUUCAUUAUUCAAGGUUUAUUAGAUCCAGCUGUAAACCAAGAUGAUCCAACUGUUUGGAAACAGUGCGAAAUGAUUGGAAAAUUAAUAGUUCAAGUGCCAAGUUCAUGUGCAUCUGCAGAAUCUUAUUACGCAAAGAUAUGUCCUCAGAUUUUAAAGAUAAUUUACACAAAAGAAUUAAUUCAUAAUAAAAAGUAUAUUCUUACCAUUAUAUCUGCCAUAUCUUCGAUGGCUGAACAUCAACCUACUUUUGCAUGGAAAUAUAUAUUCAAGCAAUUACUAAGACCAUUAUUGGUAUGCCUACAAUUUUCAGAAAUAAAUUCUAACAAAUUUGCCGACGAAAUUUUAGUUACCGAACAAGAAUUAAAUAAAUGCAUUGAAAGUCUUUAUGAGAUUGUCACAUGUAAUAUUGGUUUGCCUAAAAAUGUAUGGUCUUAUUUACAUAUGGUAUUCGUCCCUCUUUUUCGCCUCCAUUGUUUUUCGGCCGGUGGAAUCUUUUAUUUAAAACAGCAAAUAGAAGACAUCGUACUUACUUUAUUAAAGAAAUUUGAAGAAUCGGUAAUGCUCGUAAACUGCAUUUUAUUUGACGAAGAAUUACCGAAAGGAAUUCAUCCAACGAAUAGAAAUGUUGCUUUUGUUUACGGCGAUCUAGGGAGCAUCAAAAUAAAGAGAGAACAGACAGCAAACACAGAAGACUACUUGGAGAAACGAUUUGAUUGUAUGUUACAACUGCUUCAUAAAUUAAAUGAUAAAAGGAUAACAGGAAACAUAUUUUUCAUGCUUCUUGAGAAAUUGCAAGUUAUGUUAGAAGAUGUAGAAACGGAAAAGAAAAUAAACACUUCAGGAAAUUCGUUGACAUAUUUAGACAAAGACGAUCUCUAUUUAAGUAAAUUGCAUAAAAAUAUAACGACACUAAAAUUUCUUCAAGAAAUAUCAGAUUCAUUUGGAGACGAUAUCGUUGAAGACUCUUCUCGAGCAAUUGUAUUUAUUCAGAAAACGUUAGAUAGAUGUGUACCUAUAUAUACAAAGGAUGCCUCAUUCCAGAAUGAAACAUUAGCUUUGGCUCUGGGCGCAUUGAUUAUGCUAUUAAAUUCUAAAAAUAAGGUAACAUCAGAAGAUUUUAAAGAAUUAAAAAAAUGCGUACCAAGUUUACAAAAAUUAACUGAAAUUUGUCAUCAAGCCGAUAUUCAAGCUGCUGCUCAAGAAUUACUAAUCAUCAUUGUUACUCACGGUGCUGCUGGAAAGGUGACGUCACUUCAACGCAACGCUAAUUCGGCCAACGAUGCUUUGGAGACUGUCGUGACGAAAGCAAAAAGUAAUAAUAAAUCUACAACAAAUAUAUCCGGAAUAAAUAGUAGUAAUGAAUUUGCUGGCGAGCAGCAAAUGUCAGAGCAGACGUCACAUUUUAAAAAUGCUUGGAAAGAUUUACACAGUGUAAUUGUACCGGAGAAAGGUCAUGCCCUCAUCGUGCUUAGGAGACUAAUCGAAUCAAAGGAUGCUGAAACAAUGGAGAAUUUUGAAAAAUUAUUAAAUAUUUUUAAAGAAUGCAUUGCUCAUGAAGAUUCGUACAUAUAUUUAUCCUCCAUUCAGUGUCUGAUUGCUUUAGGAAUUGUCGAUUCCGAUAGAAUAAUUCCCGAACUCGCAACAGAAUUUAACAAAUUCUCUGAAAAUAAAGAAGUAAAGAUGAAAUUGGGAGAAGCUUUGAUGCACAUCAGCAGACAACUUGGUGAUCUGGCACCAAAAUAUAGAGACGUGUUGCUUCCCGUAUUUUUAACUGGGACGAAAGACACGGAUUCCGAAGUCAGAGUGUCUUGUUUGUCGAAUUUGGGCGAAAUUUGCCAGAGAUUGAAAUAUUCUCUUGGGCCAUACCUACAAGAGAUAAUUGAAUGUGUACAAAGCUUAGUUCAAACGGAUCCUUCUGUUGAAGUAAAGCGUGCUGCCGUUAUGUUAAUCUCGCUACUACUGAGAGGAUUAAGUAAUGAUGUUUUUAAGGUCUUAGAGAAUGAACUGUUGGGUAUUUACCGCUUGCUGAAGAACAUAUUCUUGAAAGAAACUGAUGAGAUUGUCAGACUUCACAUCCAAAUUGCACUAGAAGAAUUGAAUCUCAUCGUUCGUAAAUAUCUAUCACCCGAAACAAAAUUAACCAAGGAAAUUAGAAUAUUAGAUCCAUUUUAAACUUUAUGUUUAAUAAAUGAAAUAU